AUGGCUGCCGCCACCACAAAUCCAGACCAUCGCAGUAGCAUGUUUGACGACCACGGCUCCGUCGCCGCCUCGCUCGAAGACUUCGAAGAGCAGGAACGACGCUCGCCCCUCUUCGACAUCCCUUCGCAGCAUUCUGGCUUCAAGUCCGAGAACGAUGGGUCAGAGAUCGACGACCACUCGAGUGCUGGUGCGCCGUGGUCGCCGCCAGGAUUUCGAAAUCAUCGACCAGAUAGCGGAGGAAGCGCGGCGGCGUGGUUUCGACAGGAUCCCUACGGACGUUUUGCGCUGCGACCGCAGCCGAUGAGCUCGCCGAGAGGCUCGAGACAGACGAGCCCAGAGUAUGAGGAUGCGCGAGGAGAGCAGGGCGAGGACUUGACGAUCGCAGCGAACAUUCCUUUGCCAAGAGCGGGCACGAUCUCACCCGUGAAGGGGCAAUCGCCUGAACCAGAAAUCAAGAGCGAGCCUAACGACACAUUCUCAACGCCCGAACCCGAAUCACCCGCAACGAACAAUAACUACAUCCGCCUCGCAAUCCGCGCCGAAGUCCUCCAACGUGAGCCCUUCAUGCCGCUCCUCAACCUCCUCUCUAGCACACUACACAACCUCACCUCCACCAAACUCAACACCCUCUUGUCCUUCGUGACCAUCGUCCUCAGCCUCACAACCCUCCGCCUUCUCUCCCUCCCUCCAACUCCACAACCAGUCCCCGACCUAGUCAAGCUCUCCUCCCUCGCCAAAUCCUUCGAGCCUCUAAUAUUCUACUCCGAGCACGGCCACGCGCAAACUCUCCACCUCCAAGAAACGUCCAUCGCGGUUUGGGACCUCGGCGAAUCCGUCCGAUUAGCCAACAUGACAUCCGCCCCACUCAUCGUCUCCUCCCUGGACACCCUCUCGGAAUCCCUCAAAUCCCUUUCCCUCGAACUGACGCGCUUCUUCGCCGCAGUCGACGCCGACGUCGACGGCAUCCUCAUCGUCAUGGACUGGGCGCGGCGCGAACUCCUCACACUCUCGCACUCCCAACACAACCCCUCCUACCCAACGCUAGCCUACGAUAGGUUAUACGCCCUCGCGAACCGCUUUCCUCCACACCUCCUUCAAUCUCCCAAAACACACCAACCGACGGCCUUGGGGCAUCUAGUAACCAACAUCUUCGGCACGCCCACACCCACCCGAACCCACGCUACCCUCUCCCGCACCUUCCACGAACUCCUCUCCGUCCUCGAAGAAUCCAUCACGUCGGAACUCACGCACUCCGCCGCCCUCUUCAGCCUCUUCGAAGCCAUCGAUCGGCAAUUCCUCAACCUCCAGCGCACGGUCGUGCGGGAAACGGACACCCAAGAACGCCUUGAGUCCGAUCUACUGUCGGGGCUGUGGGUGCGUGUAGUGGGCGUCAACGGCGCCGCGUUGAAGAAGUUCGAGCGGAAUAAGGAGUUGUUGAGGCGUCGGUUGCAGACGUUGAAGGUUGGUUUGGAGGCUGUGAGGCGGAAGUUGGUUAGUCCGUUGAUUUCGAGGAAUGAUAGUGUGAGUUUGCUGCCUGGACUCGGUGGUGGCAGCAGCAGAGACUCCCAAGGGCAAGGCGAUGCUGGCGGUGGGCAAGGGGUUAUUGAAGGUCAGAUCAAAGGCUUGGAGUCAACACACGACUAUCUCCGCCAGGUACGCGAAAAGCAGAAGGCAAAGUUAAUGGAAAUGGUCUAUGGCAGCGGAAGUCGGAGAGACACUCGGAUGCUUACAGGCGUCGGGGUGGAUGGCGAAGGGGUGCCGGUCUUGGAUUGA